AUGACUGAUGGCGAGAAGCUUCUUCUUUUGCAGCCGCCAGUGAACGAGGCUGGGGUACCGGGAGGAAUGAGGGAGCCGCCGGGUGAGCGGGGAGGUCCUAUUAAUACCUGUUGGACGUCCCGGUCACCGAAUAUGAAUUCAUCAAACCUGGAGACAGACAACCAUGCCAGCACCACAGGGAAACCAUGUAAAUGUAGAGAUUGUGGAAAGGCAUUUAAAUAUCCAUCCUUGCUGGAAAUUCAUCGGCGGAGUCACACUGGAGAGAAGCCGUUUACCUGCUCCCAGUGUGGAAAAGGAUUCACUCAGUCAACAACUCUGCUGAGGCACCAGCGAUUUCACACAGGCGAGAGACCAUUCAUGUGUUGUGUCUGUGGGAAAAGAUUCACUCAGUCAUCUGAGCUACUGGUACACCAGCGAGUUCACACUGGGGAGAAGCCAUUCACCUGCUCCAAUUGUGGGAGGGGAUUUACUCAAAUGUCCCAGCUACUGACCCAUCAGCGAGUUCACACUGGGGAGAGACCAUUCACCUGUUCUGUGUGUGAGAAAGGAUUUACUAAUUCAUCCAACCUCCUGACACACCAUCGAGUUCACACUGGGGAGAGGCCAUUUGUCUGCUCUGUGUGUCAAAAAAGGUUCACAACUUCAUCCAACCUUCUGACACACCAGCGGAUUCACACUGGGGAGCGACCAUUCACCUGUUCAAUCUGUGCAAGGAGAUUUAGUCAGCUUGCCCACCUGCUGACGCACCAGCAAGUUCACACAUGACUGAAGAGUUUGGAAUAUGCCAUCAUUUCUGCUGUUUUUCACAUUCAGGACUGAAUCAGGAUAUUAAAUGAUAAAAAUUUGCAUUCAAAGCAAGGAUUGCAUGACAAUUUGACAGAGUAACGUAAUUCAGCAGCACUUGAAAGCAUUGACCUUCGAAUGUGGAAAGAGAAACAUUUGUCAGCUCUGUGAGAAAAUAUUUGAAACAUGAGUGUUACUGGAAAAGCACUGAGUGACACACCCCGAAUGAGCGUUUUCCAGUGAAUUUUUCACAAAGUGCUUUAACUAGUUAGAAAGCCAAAAAUAGUCACAGAUUUCACAGUCGAGAGAAUGAACAUCCAUGUGUUCCAUGCAUGGACAGGGCUUUGACUGAUUAUCCAACCUGCAGAGACACAACGUGAAACCAUCAAAAUGUGGGGACUGCAAGAAGGGAUUCAGAUCCCCAUCCCAUCUGGAAACUCAUCACCGCAGUUACACAGGGGAGAGGCUGUUCAUCUGCUUCAUGUGUGGGAAAGACUUACUGGGUUAACAAGGUGUAGAGCUGGAUGAACACAGCAGGCCAAGCAGCAUCAGAGGAGCAGGAAGGCUGACGUUUCGGGCCUAAACCCUUCUGCAGAAAUCGUGGGUUACUGGGUUAUUCUGCUUUCAGACACACCAACACGUUAAUUCUGAUAACAAACCUUAUACAUGUUCUGACUGUGGGAAGAUCUUGAAAAUGAAACCAGACAUGCUAACACACCAACGUCUUCACUCCGGGGAGAGAUACUGUUCAGUUGCUCAGUUUGGAAAGGCAGUGACUAAUUCAUCGAUUCUGCUGAUACACCAGUGAGUUCACUCUGAGGAGAGACCAUUCUCCUGUUCUCUCUGUGGUUUUCACUCCAUCUUUCCAUUUGUUGAGACACCAGCAAGUUCACACUGGGAAAAGGCCUUUCACUUGCUCCUUGUGUUGGAAGAGAUUCACGAAUUGCUCCCACCAUUUGAGAUGCCGGCGAGUUUAGAAGCGACUGCAGGGGUUGGUAUGAAAGUAGAACAUAAGGAAGGUCACAGCACAGAAAGAGGGCAUUCAUGUGAUGGCAGUCUACACCAUCUGAAAAAAACUAUUGUCUCCCCAACCACUUUCUAAUCCCAAUUGUGAGGUUGUGAUCCACAUCCUUGCAGGUUCCAGUGCUUCAGGAGCAGAUCCAGGAUCCUUUUAAACAAGAUAACAACUGUAGAGCUGGAUGAACACAG